UUUUCUAGGGCUGACAACUGGAGUACUAGGGACUUAACUGCUUUCCCCAGACUAAUCCCCUUACAAGACGCCGGUAACAGGCGAGAGACCGCGGAGAUUGGAGGAGACACAGGACGGUGGGGGCAGGGAGGCUAGGGAGUGGCCUUGUUCCCGCGGUCUGCUGGGAUCCCGCAGGUCCAGGGCGCAGGAAGAUCGAGCUGGAGUAGCUGGAGCGGCUGGGCAGUCUGGGGUCGCUGUCCAUCACUUUGGUGCGGAAUCGGAGCUGGACUUGCUGAGCGCUCCCCUCUCCCCUCCCUCCCCCCUCCCUGCUUCCUCUUUCCUCCCCCCAGGAACAGCAGCAGCGGCAGGAAGCGGACUAGAGCUCUCAGACUUGAGGCGAGUGGAGGAGCUGGGAUAUGGGGAAUCAGCGGGGAUCGCGGGGCCAGCAGCCCCUGAGGGGGCCCUGCGAGGGGAGCGGCCCCAGGCGUUUGCUAGCGCGUGAGGCUUAGAGGAGCCGGCUUGGGGCCGCAAGAGCGGAGGCGGAGGCGGAGGCGGGGCCGGGCGUGGAGCUCGGCUUGGCCAAGCUGCUGCCUCCGGCCCUGCCCGGCUGCCUCCGCCACCGCCGGUGGCUAUGGAGCAGGCGGGCGCCAAACCCCGGGCGACAGAGCAUCCACGCGUCCGGCGGCCCCUACCCUGGCUGCUGCCGCUGUCUUUCCUCCUGCUGCUGCUGAUGCUGCUGCCGGGCCCAGCGGCCUCCCAGCUACGGUACUCGGUGCCCGAGGAGCAGGCACCGGGCGCGCUGGUGGGCAACGUGGCCAGAGCGCUGGGUCUGGAGCUGCGGCGCCUGGGGCCGGGCUGCCUGCGCAUCAGCCAUCAGGGUGCGCCCAGCCCACGCUACUUGGAGCUGGACCUGACGAGUGGCGCGCUCUUCGUCAACGAGCGCAUUGAUCGGGAGGCGCUGUGUGAGCAGCGGCCUCGCUGCCUGCUCAGCUUGGAAGUGCUGGCACACAACCCCGUGGCGGUGAGCGCCGUGGAGGUGGAAAUACUCGACAUCAACGACAACUCGCCCCGCUUUCCGCGGACCGACUAUCAGCUUCAGGUAAGCGAAUCCGUGGCACCCGGAGCGCGCUUUCAUAUAGAGAGCGCGCAGGACCCGGACGUGGGAGCCAACUCGGUGCAGACCUACGAACUGAGCCCCAAUGAGCACUUUGAACUGGACCUUAAACCCCUGCAGGAGAACAGUAAGGUGCUGGAGCUGGUGCUGCGGAAGGGCCUAGACCGCGAGCAGGCAGCCUUGCACCACCUUGUUCUCACAGCCAUGGACGGGGGCAGCCCAGCUCGCUCGGGCACCGCACAGAUCUCUGUCCGGGUCCUGGACACUAAUGACAACUCUCCUGCCUUUGAUCAGUCCACUUACCGUGUCCAGCUGCGGGAGGAUGCUCCUCCAGGCACCUUGGUGGUGAAGCUCAAUGCCUCGGACCCGGAUGAGGGUUCCAACGGUGAGCUUCUGUACUCCUUGAGCAGCUACACCUCGGACCGGGAGAGGCAGCUCUUCAGCAUUGAUGCCAGGACAGGGGAAGUUCGAGUAAGCGGAGCACUGGAUUAUGAAGAGGCUUCCUCCUACCAGAUUUACGUGCAAGCAACUGACCGGGGUCCAGUGCCCAUGGCGGGUCACUGCAAGGUGUUGGUGGACAUUGUGGAUGUGAAUGACAAUGCACCGGAGGUGGUGCUCACGGUCUUAUAUAGCCCAGUGCCUGAGGACGCAGCACCCAACACUGUUGUGGCUCUUCUCAGUGUCAAUGACCAAGACUCAGGUCCCAACCGGCAAGUGAGACUGGGUCUGGAGGCCACCUUGCCUUUCCGGCUGAAUGGCUUUGGAAACUCCUAUACACUGGAGGUGAGUGGGCCACUAGAUCGGGAGCGAGUGGCUGCCUACAAUAUCACAGUGACGGCCUCUGAUGGGGGAACACCACAGCUCACAUCCCAGCGGACAUUUCGGGUUGAGAUCUCUGACAUCAAUGACAACCCACCCAGCUUUCUAAAGGACUCCUAUUCCAUCUACAUCCAGGAGAACAAUUUGCCUGGGGUGUUACUCUGCACCGUGCAAGCCACAGACCCAGAUGAAAAGGAGAAUGCAGAGGUGACCUACUCUCUCCUAGACAGGGAGAUUCAAGGGCUGCCAGUCACCUCGUAUGUCUCCAUUAACAGUGCCAGUGGCAGCCUUUACGCUGUCAACUCCUUUGACUAUGAGAAGUUUCGGGAGUUCUUUGUGACUGUGGAAGCCCAAGAUAAGGGGAGCCCACCACUGAGCAGCACUGUGACUGCCAAUGUGUAUGUAGUGGAUAUGAACGACCAUGCCCCUCACAUCCUGUACCCUACCUCAACCAAUUCAUCAGCAGCCAUUGAGAUGAUGCCUCGAACUGCCCCAGCUGGCUACCUGGUCACCAAAGUUAUAGCCAUGGAUUCAGACUCUGGGCAAAAUGCUUGGCUCUUUUACCAUCUAGCCCAAACUUCUGACGUGGAUCUCUUUAAAGUGGAGCUGCACACAGGAGAAAUUAGGACUACCAGGAAGAUAGGAGAUGAAAGUGGUACAACUUUCAAUCUGACUGUGGUGGUCCGUGACAAUGGAGAGCCAUCACUAUCAGCCUCUGUGACCAUUACCGUAGCUGUGGUGGACAGGGUUUCUAAAAUCCUCCCGGAUACUCAGAGACAUGUUAAGAGCCCUCGGACCUACUCUGAAAUUACACUUUAUCUGAUAAUAGCAUUAAGCACAGUAUCUUUUAUAUUUCUUUUGACAAUCAUUGUUUUGAGCAUCAUCAAGUGCUAUCACUACACUGCCUAUGGCACUUCAUGCUGUGGAGGUUUUUGUGGAGUGAGGGAGCGGUGCCCUGCAGAACUGUACAAGCAGGCCAACAACAAUAUUGAUGCCAGGAUACCACAUGGCCUCAAAGUACAGCCUCAUUUCAUUGAGGUUCGAGGGAAUGGCUCCCUCACCAAGACCUACUGCUACAAGGCCUGCCUGACAGCAGGCUCAGGGAGUGAUACUUUUAUGUUUUACAACACAGGGGCCCAGACAGGACCAGGGCCUGGGGGAGCCCAAGCAGCAGUGACUGACAGCAGGCACCUCACAGGCCAGAGUGGGCAGAGUGCCGGGAACCUGAUUAUUCUCAAAAAUGAGGCUGUUCCUCAAAAUGAGCCACGACAGCCCAAUCCUGACUGGCGUUAUUCUGCUUCUCUGAGAGCAGGCAUGCAUAGCUCUGUACACCUGGAAGAAGCUGGUAUUUUACGGGCUGGUCCAGGAGGGCCGGAUCAGCAGUGGCCAACAGUGUCCAGUGCAACACCAGAACCAGAAGCAGGAGAGGUGUCCCCUCCAGUUGGUGCCGGUGUCAACAGCAACAGCUGGACCUUUAAAUAUGGACCAGGCAACCCCAAACAAUCCGGUCCCGGUGAGUUGCCAGACAAAUUCAUUAUCCCAGGAUCUCCUGCAAUCAUCUCCAUCCGGCAGGAGCCUUCUAACAACCAAAUUGACAAAAGUGACUUCAUAACCUUCGGCAAAAAGGAGGAGACCAAGAAAAAGAAGAAAAAGAAGAAGGGUAACAAGACCCAGGAGAAAAAAGAGAAAGGGAACAGCACGACUGACAACAGUGACCAGUGAGGUCAUCAAAUGGAAAUAAGCCACUUAGCCAGUUUUUGUAAUAAUGGCAAAUCUCUCCCAUGUAGCAAUUCCCUGCUCCUUUCUCCUACCCACAUGAGCCCUCUUAGAGACCUCAGAAAUCUGCAGGAAGUUCCCUGUGUCUGUCUAGGUCACAAAUAACAGGUUUUGUCUUAAAAGCUUUCCUAAGUCUGGUGUUAACUCUCUCGCUCUCCACUCUGGCUUGUUGUCGGAACUUCAAAAGCAGACCCAAGUUUCCUUUCUUCUCCAACGCAAAAAAAAAAAAAAAAAAGGCCUCCCAGCCCUGUCAGUGGAAGUUGGACUCUCUUCCCUGAGCUCUGGGGAUCCUGUCUUGAUGGCACUUGCAGUGCAGGUUCAAAGGUUUUCAGAUUGUUUGUGGCCAGUUGCUAUGAUGUAGCCACAACAAAUGUUUGAGGGCCAAAUGUGGGCUGGAAUGGGCCUGGUUAGACUAGUUUGCUCAAGAAUGGCUGGGGAACAAAGGGAAAUCAUCAUUCUGGAGGGGAAAAGGAAACAACUCAAAGAAGGACCAGACUUUCUAAAUCUUACAACUCAAGAGGUGAUGAUCAUCCUCUAUCAGACAAAACUAUCUCCACUGACAAGGCUUUAGGAGUCCCUAAAGUCUGUUGGCUGUGGUAUCGUUGUACCUAAAACCAUGUAAUGCGAACCAACAGCUCAGUGUUUAACAGAAGGCCAGCCAGGGGCAACUGAAGCAGUUCUGAUGUGUUUCCUGUACAUGUCCUGUGCUCACUUUAUUAAACAUUCUUUUGCACACAAUGUUUAUGAAAAGGCAAGCUCCUUUUCCAACAAUACAUAUGCAAAAGCAAAAGGAAAAAAACCCAACACCUCACUUUAUGCUGUUUGUUGUUUGAUAGAUUUAUUUAAAAAAAAGAGAAAGUUUAUAGCUAUAAAUCUCUAAAGAGAAAUAUGAUGAAUACAAUUCCCCUGAACGUCCCUCAAAAGAGAAUUCAGUCUACAGCCAUUGAAAUGAUCAUUGCUGCUACUGAAGUGCUUUAAGAGAAUUGCCUGGAACAUCUGUAUUAUACCGGCUACCUGCCAAUCACAGCUUUACUCUUUCAGGUCACUCUGGGGCUCCCUCUUGCAUGUAUUAAUUACUAAUAAAAGAAUCUUUCUCUCUCUCUUUUCUAAGAAAAAUGAUGUGCACUUUGAAUACACAAACUUCUCUCAACUAUAAUAUCAAGACCCAGAAAUUGAAGAAAAAAUACUGUUUUCUCAUCCAUACAGUGAGCAGACUUUUCAGUCCUCUAAUUCUGUGACUUGUCUUGGUGUGCUAGCCUACACCUUCUCUUUGAUUUAGAUUUCCUUUUUCAUAACACUCUGAAUUGCUAAUCUUACUAACACCUAUGAUGUUACCUGAAAUCAAUCUCCCAUAUGUAUGCUGUAUGCUAUUAUAAGACUCCUGAAAUAUACUUACUCUGUGCUUGUGUAUGUGAAUGUUAAUGCAACUAUUACCUAGAGUGAACUUUAAGCUUUAUUGUUGAAUGUAAUCCCAUUAUACUUCCUUUUGUACACCUGUGGAAAAGUGGAGUAGUGUUUUUUUAACCAUUGUUAAUCAGCUUUUGUGUAUGAAAGACACAGUAAAAUUUCUUUCUUAAAUCAAGAUAUGGUGAUUCAAGGAAUUUUAUUUGUGGUCAGCCAAGAGCUGUCUCUUGCCAAGACUCCUGUUGGCAAGAGGAUGAAUAGAGCUUUUUUUCUAGAAACAAUUCUGGAAUAAGUACUGAAGAUAUUCCCUGAGGGUGUUCAAGCACAAAUUUUAUGAAUCUGACCUCUUGGAAGUUAUAGGAAACUUUGAAAUUCGAAUGCUGUCUGGAAUAUCAGCUCAUGGGAAAUAAUAAAAUUUAUUGUCAUCUUAAAUAAGGCAUUUUAAUUUUGUUAUGCACAGUUUAGAAGUUUGCUUAAUUGUAUUAUCUAUUUAAAAGUUAAUAUAAAAGAGGUAGGAGUCUGUUAUAAAAAAAGGCAUUAAAUCUCAAAAAAAGUGUCUUGUCUACUUCUAGCUUCAUUCUCCCAUAUUUUGAAGGGUGUGUAACUUCAGCUCUGCAGGAUUGCAUGGGGUAAAACUUGUUGCAAACACAUGUGAAUCAUUGCUACAUUGUAGGUUGUAAUCAUUUUUGCCCCACUGAAGCCCAUGUAACUGACCUUACGUGCCUUUUGAACUAGGAGAAUCGGGCUAAUUUAUUAAUGAUGAUAAUUAUAAUGUAUCUGUUCAGCACUUUUUAAAUUUGCAGAAGUGCUUUCCAAUCCAUGUUAGUUACUAGUUAUUACAGCUGUAAGGAUAAAACACGUCAUGUGGAUUCAUUUUUAAUUGGUGCUAUUGGUAUUUCCUCUGUUAUUGCUAAUAAAUGGAAAAUGGUGGUAUGAAA